GCCUUCAUUCACAAUGUACUUAGUUAAGACCUAUCCAGCACUUUACUUUUUGUCAAAUUGGAUUUGUUUCUGUUAGCCACUGUUUUAUUUUUAUUUUCGGAGAACAGUCCAGAGGCACUUUGUGAGCGACAGGCGGUCUAUAGACUUACCUCUGAUGGAUUCUGGGAACUAACUCCUAAACCUGGGAUAGGGUUAAUUAUCAGGAAUUCAAAGAUGACCUUAGCUACCACCUUCCUGUUUUUUGCGAUCCAUUUAGCCUGUAUCAGAGCUGGAAAUUCCUCUGAGAAAUUUAUCAAACUGGAGUGUAAAGAAGAACACCAUGGGGUUUAUGGUCAGCAGUCAUUGCUGCAGUGUAAUGUCAAAGCUGUUGAGAACGUGACCAUCGUGAUUGUGACCUGGAAGAGGGUGGAAGCUGAUACUCUUUUGUUGGAAUACAAUCAAGAUGAAUUUCACCCAACCCCUGGAUUUACAUUUGCUGAGCCAUCCUGGAACAAGAAUAAUAUGAAUGUGUCCUUGUUGUUGACAAAGACCAAGAUGGCCGACAAGGGGAUGUAUGAAUGCAUGGUGACCACAGACCGUGGUGAUGAUACAGCUACAACCAGCCUCAGUGUCACAGCUAAGUACAUAACUCCAACCAUGAGCUCCAUCCCUGAGACCAACAUCAAAGAGAACACAGAUGUGACCAUUUUCUGCAACUCUACAGGCGGGCAACAGAGAGGGUUGAUCUGGUGGUUUGACCAGGAUGGCUACAAUUGGACGCGCAGUGCUGAACUGGUGGCCAAAGAGACGGACGAUGGACUGUUUAGCCUCUCCAGUAAAUUCACAGUGCAGAAGGCUACAUCCAGUUUCACAAACUACACGUGCAAAGUGCUCAAUAGCAAUGGUGCCGAGGAGGGAGUGGCAUCAUUUGAGAUCCAGUUAGCGCCGCAAGUCUCAGAAAUAAACGCUGAACAUUUGGAUUCUGAUUCCACCACCCAUUGGCUAGCCCCGGUUGUAGUCAUAGGAUCUCUGGUCAUUGGACUCCUUGCUGCACUGCUGUUAUUUAAGAGGCGCUCCGCCCGACGUUUUGUGUCAUUUUUGAGAGGAGCUCGAAGGCAGUCCACCUUUCCGUUAAUGAGUGACCACCAACCAGAUACCAGGCAUGAUGGAGAUGUUGAGGCAGAAGGUCUGAACAGUGACAGUCCACAGGACCAGCGUGACAGUCUCUAGAAAAUGAUUCGUUAACGGGCAGUCACUGGACGGGACUGUUUCCUUGAUGAUCAAUAAGGGGCUUGUCACCAUCACUGUCUUUUGAUGGACUGUUUCCUGUUAAGUGUCCGAUGACAGUCACUUUGGCACUCAGGUCAUUCUGAUUGAGGCAACUGUUUCUUCAUAAUCUACUGAUGGCAGCCUUUAAGGUCUGUGGUUGAUUACAAAUGAUAUGUAACUGCCCUAUAUGUCAAUGUUUUUAUACAGGGUUGCCAUGGUGUCAUAAUGCUCUAGAUUCCACCACUACAGAACAUUGGUAUACUGUAAUACCAGGUAAUCUAAUCAAUGUACACACUGUACUACAUGGUGCAUGGUUUAACAUUCCACGUUUCCUAUACUGUAGAUUUUACCAUAGUGGUUGUUAUUACUAUACUGUAACACCAGACCAUCUAAUCACUAUAACUUAACACACGGUUCUAUACUAAGGUUGUGCGAACAUUCAAUUUGAACACAGCACUUCUGAAAACAUGCAGUAAAACAGGUUUCCCUUCUGAAAGAGGGUUUCGCAAGACUGUACAACAACUAUUCUUAUAACCAAAACCAAAAGCCAGCCUGUUGCUCCUACCACAGAGGAUUUUGUUUGUGGCCUUCCUCUUACUCCUUUCUUCUUGUCUUGCGCCACCUGCUGGUGUAAAAUUCAGGUCUAUAUUUAUAGAUGCUAGCCUUUAAACACUGUGGUUGAUGACUUUAACAGUCUAUGUUUAAAAGCCUAACAUGAUUAGUUCUGUACAGCAGGGUUCCCCAACUGGCGGUCCACGGGCCAAAUUGGUUUUACCCCCCCCCCCCCCCCCGGUUUUACCCCCCCACUAGGAAAUCAGCUCCAAGUUAUUUUAAUUUAAGAAGUCUGUUCCCAAGUAUUCCUAUGCAGAAUAGAGAGACACGUGACCAUAUAGAAAUGUAAGCCAGGUUUGAAAUGAUUCUGUUCUAGUCAAACAUGAUAUAUUUUUGGGCUUCUUGCGUUUAAUUUGCAGUCUACACAUUUUUUGUAAUUAUGUCCCCCCCCCCCCCCCCCCCACCCCGAUUCAGGAAAAACAAAUUGGCCCACAGCUGAAUCUAGUUGAUGAUCCCUGCGGUAUGGGUUUGCCAUAGUGUCAGUAUACUGUAGAUUCUACCAGUAUGAUUGUUAAAACUGUACUCUUAACACCAAGCCAUCUAAUCCUUGUAACAUUUCACACUACACUAGAAGGUUCAUGAGCAAUGUUUCCUCCGAUUUUUUUCAUCACUGAGCAAACUUCAGUUCCGCUGAGCGCAAACUUGAACGUUGUGAAAAUUCUGUCCCACUUCCGAACACUGAGGCUGUACCCACUUUUAAGUUAGUUUUAAUAGUGGUCAAGUUGGCUACUGUGGCUAUUUGAUCAUAAUGUAGGCCUACCAUCAAAAACAAUGGAACAAAUGCCUCCUAUAACAUUUGAACACGGAAAUAGCUGUUCUAUCAUUCAGCCUACAGUAGCAGCCAAUGUGUGGUGUUCAAUGUAGGGCUGCAUUCAAUGAGACUUUUGAAGAAAACAUGCCAGGCUUGACAUGAACUUGUUUCUCCACUUGUCCUUGUAUUUCUAUGCCAGUCAGCAUGGAACUAGUCAGGGUUCUUCCACAGAAGGCCGGACUUUGAUCUUUUUUGUUGUUGAUUUUGGCUCCGAUCUACUACGGUGGCUUGAGAUGUUUGUCCGUCAAGUUAUGAUUAUUUCCCAAUUCAAACAAAAAAUAAGACAUGUUAUUUUGUAGUGUAAGAGGUCAAGAUGAGAGAGGAAUCCUGUCUAUAUAUAUGAAGUGAUUAUCAAGUGAUUUGUUAAUACGUUUAAAAAAAAGACAACUUCCUGUUUUCAGCACGUAGAUAUGCCUGCUUGAGGCCUGCUCUGCAUCUAACCCCAUAUAACAGACUUUGUUAUUGCUACAUUUGGUAUGUUUUUAUAUGUGACUUUGUUUGUUAUGAAUAAAUCAUUGAGAUUAAAGCUUUUUUACUUUGUCCAGAUAUAACAUGUAAAUAAUCUGUUGUAUAUUAUGUCUGGGUAUAUUUUGCACUGAAAUUCCUGUUCAGAUCCUGCACCUUGAUACUGUUCAUUAAAUAUAGGACAGUGAGAAAUGUGUUACACUGAACGUUUUGUAAAUACUUUCACUUGUUGUUUUUAAAUACUACCAUCUUUAAACAAAUAAAAAAUCAGAAUUGA